AUGGGUCUCUACAAGUUCCUCCUCGCCGUCGUUCCGGCCGUCUUGGCCGCCGACAUUUACGUCGCGCCCACCGGCUCCGACUCGGCCGCCGGCACCCUCGCCGCUCCCCUCAAGUCAGUCCAGAAGGCCGUUGACAAGGCCGUCGCCGGUGACACCAUCUACCUCCGUGGCGGCACUUACUCGCCCACGACCAACAUCAAGAUCACCAAGAGCGGUACCGCCGACAAGCCUUAUACUUUGACGGCGUACAACGACGAGGCCGUCAUCCUCGAUGGCGAGGCCCUUCCCGGCACGCCUGCUGCGUUGGACGCCUCGCUGGCAAACGGCGACCGCGGUGUCCUGCACAUCGAGAAGGCCAACUACUGGAAGUUCUACAAGUUGACCAUCAUCAACGGCCCGUACGGCGUGUACCUCCGCGAUGGCUCCAACAACUACUUCGAGCGCAUCGUCACCCACGACAACUACGAGACCGGCUUCCAGAUGCAGGGCUCGCUGAGCAACAACCAGGUCAUCUACCUCGACUCCUACCGCAACCGCGACCCCCGCAAGAACGGCGAGAGCGCCGACGGCUUCGCCUGCAAGGAGGGUUCCGGCACCGGUAACAUCCUCAAGGGCGCCCGUCUCUGGGAGAACGUCGAUGACGGUCUCGACCUUUGGGAAUUCAAGUCCCCCGUCACCAUCAUGGAUACCAUCUCUUGGGGCAACGGCGUGAACCGCUGGGGCUUCAGCGACUUCCAGGGCGAUGGUAACGGCUUUAAGCUGGGCGGCGGCGACGCGGCCGACGUUGGCGCGGCUAACCACGUCAUCACCAACUGCAUCGCCUUCGACAACGUCGCCAAGGGCUUCACGGACAACAAGCAGCCCGGCAACUUCCAGUUCAAGCGCAACACGGCCUGGAACAACGGCGCCGUCGGCUUCCAGACCAUCACGACCAAGUCGACCCUCACCAACAACGUCGCCAGCGGCAACUCCAAGACCACGGCCAAGAGCGGCCAGACCUCUCUCGUCAGCGGCACUACCAGCAGCGGCAACUCAUGGGACGGCAGCGCCACGUGGUCCGACUCGAGCUUCAAGAGCGUCGACUCGAGCCUGGUCAAGGGCGCCAGACAGGCCAACGGCAAGAUUGCUGCGAGCAACUUCUUGAUCCCGACUUCCGGCGCUGCUGCCUACCGUCUCGUAACCCAAGUCCUCUUCGUCGGCUCGCGCAUCGUCGGGCGCUCCUUCGCCGCGGCCUACAAGCAGGCCCAGGCCUCGUCCGAGUACGCGCGCGCGCAGGCCAAGAACGGCGGCGGCGGCGCGGCCGUCAAGUCCAACGGCGCCUCGGGCAUGACGCUGGACGAGGCGUGCAAGAUCCUCGACGUCGAGGCGCCCAAGGACGGCGCCAACAACGCGGGGCAGGUCAUGGAGCGCUUCAAGAAGCUCUUCGACGUCAACGACCCCAAGAAGGGCGGCAGCUUCUACCUCCAGAGCAAGGUGUUGCGGGCGAGGGAGAGGCUGGAGAAGGAGAUUGGGCCGCUCGUCGAGAAAGAGGAGGUCGAGGCCGAGGUGAAGGAGGGGUUUAAGCCCAAGAUUUACAAGGACCGGUGA